AUGGGAGCAAAGAAAUCAAAAGUGGCAAGGCUGAAAGAAGGAAGUAUAGAUGAUUUGACAACUGCACUAACAAAGAUUGCUAAGGCGGAGCACGAUGAAAAACUGAGAAUUGAGUUGGAGCAUCAACAGAGAAUAGACGAAGAACGCCAAAGAACGCAUCAUCUCCGGGAGCAGGAAAAGGAAAAGUGUCUGGAAGAGAUUCGCAGCAAAGUCGCUGACUUGGAGGCUCAGAAAAACAAAAAUCGAGAAGAACAAGAGAAAUUGAAACAGCAACUCUUGAAGGAAGGAAAGCAAAAAAUAUCUGAAGCAGUGAGCGAAUUGAAUAAAAAAACGCAGGAGAAAAUGAGAGAAUGCGCACAAGAAAUGGCAAAACUGGAACAAGACGUAAUUCUGCAAAAUGCUGAACGAGAAAAAAUAAAGACACUGAUUAAAGAGGCCUCUAAGGCAAAUUUGAAGCUGGAGAUGGAGUCGAAAGAGAAGCAAGAGGAAAUGAGGAAGAGACAUCAAGAGAAAAUUCAGGAAUCUGAUCAAGCAGUACAGGAGUUCCAGAUUGAGAUACUAAAAGAAAUUGAGGUUAUGAAUAGGAGACAAGCCGAAAUCUCUAUGCAAAAAUUAGAAAAAAUGAAAUCGGUGGAAGGGCAGCAUUUAAAACUUGGUGCUGUAUUACUACUCGCUAUGACAGAAAAUAACAAAAGUGAACAUUUAAAAAAGAGCCGUGAUCAACUAAUCACUAAUUUCAAAAGUUUCAAGCGGAAUGUAUUCCACAAUGAAGAAAAAGCAAUCGAGAUAACUAUGAAAGAGAUGAAAAACAAAGAAAAGCUGACAUCUCCUCCUCAAUUGGAUUUCAUAAAAAGGUCAUGGUUGCACUUCUCCUGCUUGCUUAGUGACUUCAAUUUACCAGAUGGAUCAGAAUUAGAAGUUCCAUUGCAAGAGGCCAAAGACGCCAGAGAUACGAUGCAAAAAGCUAUAGAUGCACUGUAUGCGGAUAUUAAUUUGUACCAGAAGAAGUUUGAAAUACAGGAAAAUGCAUUACCAGCAAACAAUUCGAAUCCUGUCGAUGAUUUUGCACUGCCUUGUUUUUUAAUUGCGGAGAGCAGUUUGGAUAUUAUGAGAAAUACGUUAACAGAAAUGCACGACGGAAUUUCAAAGUUCCAAAUCGAACCUAUUGAUUAUGUGGGAGCACAACUCCAAAGAAAUUCACUUGGUAACGCCGACACUCUAGCUAUUGCAGCACCUCCCAUCUGGAGUGGAGAAUCAACAGUGAAAAUGACUUGA